AUAAGUCUUUGACUUUCGAAACCGUUGGACCUUCUCCACACAACAUGUUAUCUAACUUAACUACAGUUCAAGGAGUAUGUUGUUUAUGAUGUUUUGUUCACUCUACUUUCAUUUUGAGAGCGAGGUCACAGAGGAGAAGGGCUGAAGUGACUUGUUUCUGGAAGACAAAAUGAAUAAAACUCAAUGUCCUCAACCGGAUAAGAAAUUAUUUGAACAUACAAUCCUGCCUACUCUUUUCAUCUUGGUAUUUGUUGUUGGACUGGUCCUGAAUGUGUGGGGAAUGAAGUCUUUGCUGCACAACUGGGAGAAACUUCGGAUUAUUAACGUCUUUGUUCUUAACCUUGGACUAGCAGACAUGCUGUAUCUGCUGACUCACCCCUUUCUCAUCGUGUACAACCUUAAAGGAAACAAGUGGAUCUUUGGAGACGGAUUCUGCAAGGUAACAAGAUUCUGCUUCAACCUGAAUUUAUACGGCAGCAUCGGAUUCCUCACCUGUAUAAGUGUGUACCGGUACCUGGCUGUUGUUCAUCCAAUGAGAACGAUGGGGAGAUUAACUAUGGCUCGCUCUGUGGUCAUCUCAGCCCUGGUUUGGAUUCUGGUGAGUGCUCAAAGUCUUCCAGACCUGUUCUACCAAAAAACAUAUCCAAACGGAUCCAAAUGCUUUGACACCACCUCUAAUAAACAUAUUAAAAGUUACCUGAAUUACAGCCUCACCUGGACAUUCUUUGGUUUCUGCAUCCCGUUCACCAUCAUUGUGGGCUGCUAUGGACAUGUGACUGUUGUUGUUUGCCACUCAGAUAAAAUGAAGAAGGACCUGAAACUACGAUUCUUGAAGUUGAUGUUUUUUCUGAUUCUUCUCUUCUCAAUUUGUUAUGCACCCUACCAUGUCUUCAAGAACCUCAGUCUGUAUUCCAGAACCCUCAGUAAGAAGAAACAAUGCCCCACGUGGGAUUCUGGAGUCUUUAUUGCCCGUCAGGCAAGUCGUGGUCUUGUGAGCCUGAACAGCGCUCUUAACCCGCUGGUUUACCUCAAUGUAAAUGAAGACAUGGGUGUUCAGUUCCGCCAGCUGCUUCAAAGAUGUUCACAAAGUUUCAGUUGUUUUUUAGAGUCCAAAUCCAGGUCUGUACCAGUACCACAGUCUGAACAAGAAGCUGACUGUCCUCUCUGACAGCAGGUGUGGGUUUUCUUUGUUAAUCGUGUCAUGAUGUCACUUUUUUGAUGUUCUGUUUGAUUUGUAUUUUUCCAACUGGUUGAUUCUAGAAAAUGUCAUAAUUAAACAAGUAAUGAAGGUAAACAUUUUAACUUUUGCUGUUGGAGUUAGGCCUGUCACCAUAACAAAUUUUGCUGGACAAUACAUUUUCCCAGAAGUUGUGGUAAAUGUAAUAUUGUUGUUUUGAGACAAUUUUCAAGUAAUAUGAUGGUAAUGGCAUAAUAAUG